ACAGCAAUGACUCGGACAUUUUUCUACCUAACGGCAUUGCUACUUUGUUCUUCCACGUAUGCCUUCUGGGAUUUCGGUACAACUACACCCGACCCGCUCCGUGAAGACAUUACUCCUCGACAAAGUUUUUUCAGAUGGCAGAAGGUAGUGCGGUCUUGGCAUACGUGGGGUUUACCUGGAUGGCAGAUAAACGAAAGGAGAAGAAGAAAGAGAUUAUUCAUUAUAGCAGGCGUUUCCAUAGAUCAGACUCCUUUGUCGACUGCAACUAUACUCAACAGGAGAACUCUUCUUACGGCAGCCAAUUACUUAGACAAUUAUUUACAUCGGCAACGGGACCUCAGAAUUUGGGCACUCGGACGAGGCGGGGAUCAUAUACUGCCCUUCCGCUACAGAAUUUGGAGGGUAGUAAGACUUUUUCCAAGAAGUUUGAAUCCAGAACACUGUUUUGGAUCUAAAUGCGAAUUUUCCCCAAGACAUGACGUAGCAAUCCUACACACUAUGGAUCCAAUAUACAUUUACACACAUAUAUACAACAGAUUUAUGUACGCGUAUAAAUCGUAUUUGACCUAUUCAAAGGAAAGACUUAAGUGGUGGAUGUUUUUUGUGGGUUCUGGUUACGAGUACCCCUUACAUAUAAAAGAGAACUACAAAAUAUUCUUUACCUUUGCGAAAUUUGAAGACAUAAUUGAUUGCUCUAUGUAUCUUCCGAAAUGGUGGGGUAAAUUUAUAUGUAUUGUCAACACAUUAGAACUUACCGGCAUACAAAAUGGAGGGGGACUUUUCACCACUUCUACACCCUGGGUAGAUGUUAGUGGUAAAGAACAUGAAAACAGGUUGGUAGGUGUGGGUAGUUUUCAGAUACGAUAUAAUCAGGACAGGAUUUAUGUGUUUACAGAUUUGAGAUAUUACAGUCCUACUUUGAGAUACUUCGCUAAUUUAAGUUGGGGAGAGUAUUACGAAUACGCUUAUCCAGAAUUUAGUGUGUACGAGAGAGGUAUUUAUAAUAUUUACUCGGGAGAGUUCGGCAAGAGGUUUAUACCAUAUAAGGAUGUUAGGCAUUCUUACGAGGAAACUUGGCUCGGAAAAUAAUGUGUUUAAGUACUAUAUAUUUAAAAAAAAAUGUAUGUUAAUUUUCAUUUUAAGCUUUUUUUUCUAUUUCUUUUGGCUUUUAUUUUUUGUUUUUCGAAAUGUACCAUCUCUACACUCGCUCAACUAUAUUUUUUCACUUCUCUUGCUAGAAAAAGUACUUAAUUAUGCUUACAUGCAAGCGACGUAAAAUUUGAUUUUAAGUUCUAGAGCCUAUCACCCAAACCCAAGCUAAACAAGCAUAUGCAGCCAUGAACGUCAGGAUUUAAAAUAUUUAUUUUAUUUUAGUAUAUAUUAUGUGGUCGUUAUUUGGACUAUGCUAAGGCUAAUCAUCAAUCAAUACAUAUUAUAAAACUGAAGAAGGGUCAAAUUUGUACAUUUUAUAUUUUUUGAAUUUUUCAGUGGAAUAGAUUUAUAAAUCUGCAAUUGUGUUUUUUUUUGUCUGUCUGUCUAAACGCGCAUCGAAAUUUACCAGACAGAUUUACUUGCAAUUUGGCAUGAAGGUAUCUUAUAUGCCGAGUUAACAUUUCAGAUAUAUUUAAUCCCGAACAAAUCUGCGUUUCCCGUAGGAAAGUAAUUAAUUAGUAUGAAGAUCCCUAAGUACCGACAUAAAAUCUUAUUAUAAUUUUAUCGCGGCAAAUUCUGUGGGUCCCAUAGGAAAAGGGGUACUUACCAAU